GUCACUUGCCCUCCAGACUCCUAACCAAGAUGUGGCAGGCUCCAGCCAGGCAUGUGGGCGAGGUGACAGACUGCACGACCACCACAGUCUAAUUUCUUCUAUUCAUGGAGGCAAGAAGUAAGGAUGCUUUGUACAUGAACUCUGCAGGACAUCUCUGAUACAUUACCUGUGGCAAGAGAAGGGAGACAACAUGAAGGAAAAUGUGGCAUCCACAAUUGCUUGCAUUCUGCUACUUUUUCUCCACAUCAGUCUUCUGAAUGGAGAGUCGCCUCCUGGAAUGCCUGAGAUCGUUAGUUGUCUUUCCCCUGAGAAGGAAACCUUCACUUGCUGGUGGAAGCUCGGGACAGAUGGAGGACUUCCUACCAAUUACACGGUGUAUUACAAGAAGGAAAGAGAAAAUAUCACCUAUGAAUGUCCAGAUUACACAACUGGUGGCCCCAACUCCUGUUACUUUAGCAAGAAGCAUACCUCCCUGUGGAAAACAUACACUGUCUGGAUGACUGCCACUAACCGCUUGGGAAGCAGUGCCUCAAUCCCAUAUACGGUGGAGGUCAUAUACAUAGUUGUACCACAUCCUCCUAUGAAUCUGACUUUGGAAGUAAAGCAUCCAAAAUACAGAAAACCAUACCUGUGGAUAGAAUGGCAACCACCCACCAUUAUUGAUGUAAGAUCUGGUUGGCUCACACUACAGUAUGAAAUUCGAUUAAAACCCGAAAAAGCAGCUGAGUGGGAGACUCAUUUUGCUGGGCAACAGACCAAGUUUCAGAUUCUCAGCUUACAUCCAGGACUGAAAUACUCUGUCCAGGUCCGCUGCAAGCCAGAUCAUGGAAACUGGAGUCAGUGGAGUCCAGAGCACUCCAUUCAGAUACCUAGUGACUUCCCCACGGAUGAUACAACCAUGUGGAUCUUUGUGGCUGUUCUUUCUGCUGCCGUCUGUUUGAUUACGAUCUGGGCAAUGGCUUUGAAGGGCUCUAGCUUGGUGACCUGCAUCUUUCCACCAGUUCCUGGACCAAAAAUAAAAGGAUUUGAUACUCGUUUGCUGGAGAAGGGUAAAUCUGAAGAACUCUUGAGUGCCUUGGGAUGCCAUGACUUCCCCCCAGCCUCUGACUGUGAGGACUUGCUGGUGGAGUUUUUAGAAGUGGAUGACAGCGAGGAACAACAGCUGAUGCCAGCCAACUCUAAAGAACACCCAAGCCCAGGUGUAAAACCCGCACGCCUGGAUCCUGACAGCGACUCUGGCCGGGGAAGCUGUGACAGCCAUUCUCUUCUCUCUGAAAAGUGUGAGGAAACCCAGGCCAGUCCUCACACUUUCCACACUUCCGGGGUCAGGGAGAAGCCAGAAACUCCUGAAGCAAAUAUUACUUGCCCCCAAGAUUUCCAGAGCAUACCAGGGGAAGGCAAUAUCCACUUCUUUCAUGCUGAUGAAUCUAAAUCUUCAACCUGGCCUUUACCACAACCUGGCCAACAAAACCCCAGAUCUCCUUACCAUAGCAUUGCCGACAUGUGCAAGCUGGCUGGAGGCCCUGUAGGGCCCAUAGCUACUUUACUGGACAAAGCAGUCCAAGAUGCUUUAAAGUACUCUAAAACCAUGGCAAAUGAAGAGGAAGAAGAAAAGACAGUUGAGCAGGAGGUGGAAAGCUUCUUCCAUCCCAAACCAAAGCAGGAUACAGUAUGGCUGCUUCCUCAGGAGGAGAGCCCCUUGAUUUCUGUUAAACCUCUCGAUUACGUGGAGAUUCAUAAGGUCAACAAAGAUGGGGAACUAACCUUGCUCCCAAAACAGAGAGAGAACAGUGAGCAGACAGAGAUGUCUAGGGCUCCUGAUUCCAGUAAAGAGUAUGCCAAGGUGUCCACGGUCAUAGAUAACAACAUCCUGGUGUUAAUGCCAGAUCCUCGGGCUCAGAACGUGGCUUUGUUUGAGGAAUCCAUCAAGGAGAGUCCACCAUCGCUUCAACAGAAUCAGUCAGAGAAAGACCUGGCCAGCUUCCCUGCGACCUCCAGCAAGUGCAAAAACCAACAAGGCGGGCUGGAUUACCUGGACCCUACAUGCUUUAUGCACUCCUUUCACUGAUAGCCUGACAGAUGAGAAUGAUUGGUAGAAAUGUGAUUUUUUUUUCUUUCAGGUAACACUACAACAGUGUCAUGAAGGAAUGCUGUGUGCUGUGUGGUAGUGAAUGAUCAAGAAUGUGGGUAGAAUGACACUACGUUUGCUUCUUUUCACUCUCCAUGUUCAACCACUUGCCUUUUUCUAACAGCAGUUUCCAAAACACAUCACUUUGUCACUGAACUGUGAUUUGUCGAUUUGGUUUGGGUUUUUGUUAUUGAUGUUUUUGGUGUGUUUUUUUUUCCUCUUAGU